AUGACUCUUGACUACGCCUCCCUCACCGCAAUCCCCAUAAGCUACGCCUCGUGCUCCCUAGGCUCCCCUUCCUCACCACCUCCUCUACUCGACCGCCUCGACGCCAUCUCCGUCGCAAAUUUCACCGCCAUUGAGCUCUCCUUCCCCGAUAUCCUCUCCUACGGCGAAAUCGUCCUCGGACAUUCACCCGACCCAAAGGACUAUGACGAGCUCGUCAAGGUCGCCGAGGCCAUCAAGAAAGAAUGUGACACGCGCAAACUCGGCAUCAUGAUGCUGCAGCCCUUCGCCAACUUCGAGGGUUGGAAAGAAGGUAGUGACGGUCGGAAGGACGCAUGGGAGCGAGCACGCGGUUGGGUACGCAUAAUGCAAGCUGCCGGGACAGACAUGCUGCAGGUUGGGAGCACGGAUACACCGCUCGAGAACGUUGAUUUAGCCAAGGUGGUGCCUGAUCUACGAGAGCUGUGUGACAUGCUCAAGCCUCACGGGUUCAAGGUUGCCUACGAAAAUUGGUGCUGGAGCUCGCAUGCGCCGGACUGGAAGCACGUAUGGCGAAUCGUCAAGGAAGUAGAUCGUGACAACAUCGGUCUUUGCCUCGAUACGUUCCAGACUGCUGGCGGAGAGUGGGCGGAUCCAACCACUGAAUCGGGCCUACUCGACGAUGUCUCCAAGAUUGAGCUCAUCCACAGAUUUUCAGCCAGCUUGGAGGACCUUUCCAAGACUAUUCCCAAAGACAAGAUCUAUCUCCUGCAGAUCAGUGACGCGUAUGAAGUGCCCGAGCCGCUGAGCAAAGAAGUGGAUGAGCAGGGGCUAAGACCUCGCGGCAGGUGGAGUCAUGAUUUCAGGCCGCUGCCGUACAACGGAGGAUACCUACCCGUUGUUGAUGUUGUGACUGCGGUCCUGCGCACUGGUUUCCGAGGCUGGUUCAGCUACGAGGUUUUCGAUGGAGGCCCAGAUGGAAAGGGCAAGGAUCAAGAUCUUGUUGCUUAUGCGCAGACUGCUUACAACGUUCAACAACGGCUGAUUGCCGAAGCUGCAGGCAAGAAAUACAAACCGCAAUAG